AUUGGGGAAUGGCAGUCAGAUGGCUUCCCCACCUUCCUACAUUACUAUCAGCAAACUUGGAGAAGGAACGUCUGGGAUAGUAUAUAGAUGCCGUCCAAAAAGCGGAGGAGCCGAUGUGGCCAUCAAAGUCAUUCCACGGUCACAGCUCGGUCGGUCUCGCAAACAAGAAAAGGUCGUGCAAGAGAUUGCCAUUUUAAAACGACUACGGCAUCAAAACAUUGUCCGCUUUGUAGACCUCGAAUGGGAUACUCAUAAUGUGUUUAUCGUAAUGGAGUUAUGUGAGCUGGGGAACUUGAAGGAAUUUCUGGCUCGCAAACAUGGACGACGGUUGGUAGAGCGGGAUGCUCGGUGGUUUCUCAGACAAAUUGCAGCAGGCCUCUUUUUUUUAUGGUCUCAUAGUCUUGUGCAUAGAGACUUGAAAACGGAGAACCUGUUGUUGACUGCGAAUCCAAAUUCCCAUGGUCAACCUAUUCUGAAGAUUGCGGACUUUGGUAUUGCUGAUUACGGCCGAAAUCAGGAUUUUAGUUCGGCAGCCAUGAAGGAGAAGAUUGGCACUCUGGCUUAUAUGGCGCCAGAAGUUCUAAAGGACGAAGAAUAUGAUGCGCGCUGCGACCUGUGGUCUGUUGGAGUAAUAUUCUAUGAAAUGCUGGCUGGUUCUACCCCCUUCCAUACUGCCAGCAGUAUAGACGAUCUUCUCAAACAAAUCCUCUCCCCAACCCCCUCUCAACUCAUUCUACCUCCCACAAUUGCACGAACAACCUCUCAAACCGCACAAUCCCUUGUCUCCGCCCUCCUCACCCGAGAUCCAAAUAAACGAUUGACAUUUGACGAAUAUUUCGAUCAUCCAUAUCUUGAUUUGACCCAUAUACCAGGAUCCGAAUCCCUGAGCAGUGGAAUGGAAUACAUAAGUGAAGCAGUGGAAUUAGAUAACAGAUUCGUGCGGUCAAAAAAUCCAUCUGGACGUAAGGAGCUGAAAGCCUGGAAGCAAAUUAUUGACCUGUACGCGGAAGGUGUUGCGCACCUUUUAGCACAUGUUCAAUAUUUAGGACCCCAGAAUCCUGAUGCGGUUCAGGUUGCGGAGCUGGUCACUCGGUACAUUAAUCGAGCGGAAAGUCUAAAGCAUCAAGUGGAAACGUGGCAAAAUUCGCCAGGAACCGCGGGCGAACGGCGGAGAUCCAGCGGUGAUCAGGAUCGGUUGUCGGCACCACCCUUCUCGGUCAAAGCAGGUCCCAUCUCAUCCUCGCUCGCCCGUACGGACUUUCUUUCUUCUCCGUCGACACCAUCAUCUGCAAACGCGCAAGUCCAAGCCGCCCUUGAUGUACUCAACACAGCCCAAAGUCUUGCUGCCACCAAUCCUAACCACGCCCUUCAAGUAUACGACACUGGAUUGGCACAGCUUUUGCGCGCGAUCGCGAUGACUUGCUCUCCUGUGGAACGGGACAAGAUUCGGAGCGAGGCAUGCGAGUGGUUCGAUCAGGCUGAAAGAUUGGGUCAAGCUGUUAAACGACAACAAGAGACCAAGGGGUGGCAGGUGGUUGGAGGCGGGAUUGUGAGGAAAGGAGGGAUGAUUGAUAUUGUAUAUAAUAUGCCGGGUGAAUAUCCUUCGUAGAUUGUUAGAUCAAAUAGACUUUUUUGGGAUUUUUUUCUCUUGUGAACUGAGAUGCUG